AUGGGCAUCCAUGCUGUUAGCGUCAUGCUAGAGGCUCUCAAUAGAGAUGCCCAACAUGCUACUAUCGCCAAGUUCAUUCAAAAUGAACUUGACGCUGAACGCGAGAAAGUAGCCUUGCUUCACCAACAAGGUUCUCCACAAGCAGAGUUGUUGAGAGAACAGGGUGUUCAACAGUUUGAACUGUUGAGACAGCAGCAGGCUGCUGCUGGCGGGUCAAUGCACUCGCGUCGACCCAACACAUUGACGAUAGACAUCUCCGAGUAUAGGGGAGUCGAAGAGGACUCCCUCCUGAGAUGGUUCGUCGAAUUAGACGACGCCAUAAGGGCGCGUCGCAUUAACGAUGGGGAAAUGCAAGUUGCAUUUGCCCAAUCAAAUCUGGCAGGACGUGCCAAGACUUGGGCACUGGGGCUCAAGUUGCACGACCCAUAUGCGUUUGGGUCGCUAGAAGUCUUCAAGUCGCGGCUCAGACAAAGGUUCGACCCGCCUAGAGCUGAGUUCAGAGCUCAAACCGAACUCUUGAAGCUCAAGCAGGGUAAGCGUGAUGUGCACGCUUACGCUCAACAUGUACGACAUCUCACGAGUUGUACAAGUUUCAACCCGGUGGAUGAACACACCUUGGUUUCGGUGUUCAUGCAGGGUCUUGCGGAUGGUCCCGUCAAGACUCACCUGUUCCGACUUGAACUAGAUUCACUAGAACAAGCCGUUUCCAUUGCGGAGCAGGAAGACUUCAGUCUGAAACAGGCUCGCGCCAGCUCGACAUCAUAUCGUCAACCGAGACGAUAUGACAACGGAGGUCCAGAACCGAUGGAACUCUGUUAUGUAGAGAGCGAGAAGGCUUACGCUACAGACUACAAGAAGUUGCAGAGAUGCAACAGAUGUCAAAAGACAGGACACUACGCUUACGAGUGUAGUGCCCCUCGUCCAGUGUCUCGCGACACUGGGCGUAGUGACCGUCCACCCAUGAGAAAGGGGCAGGGACGAGGGUCCGCAGUUGGUGCAAAGACGCAACAACGGGAUGGACCGUCAAAAAAACGGACAGGAUCAGUAGGUGCGGAGCACCCUACUGUUCCAGCAACAUCAAGAGAAUUUGUGGGCCUCUUGAUGAAGGUUGCUCCCAACACGCAAACGUUGUGCGUUGCUGCUCUAGGUAAUGAGGUCUCACUCAUUACCUUGAAACUCGAAGUGACGAAUAAGUUGUCCCUUCGAGCUCUAGUCGAUUGUGGGGCGUCCAACAAUUUUGUGCGACGCCAAUCGCUAGAAGAUGGUCACUUUAAAUUCAGUGAAUGUGACACACCUCCUACGAGGAUGACGGUACGUCUUGCGACAGGCGCAUCCGUAACCGUCAUGAAGCGUAUAGUGAAGAUUCACUAUACGCUAGAAGAUACCCAAUAUGACGAUGACUUUAUCGUAUUGGAUUUGGAUGACAAAUUUGAUGUCAUCCUUGGAAUACCGUGGCUCAGAAGGUACGAACCACGGGUAAACUGGCAACAUCGGACAGUAACGAUGCCUGCCGCUUGUUCAUCAGAUGGCCAUCUGAUGAACGUUUUGGAGAGUCCACAAGCGUGUGGAUGUACUACGAGUGAGUGCGAUGGCCUCACUUGUGGUACGGUCGUUAGUACGACUGCACAAAACCUUAGUGUACCAAACGGUUACACUUCGGAGCAAAAUUCUGGCGGCUGUGAGGAAACACAGGCUGCGCCGAAGGUCCACCACUCGAAUAAGUCGAGUGGACCGGGACAAAGAUGCAUCCCUAGAGGGGAACAUCUAGAAGAGAAACAAUCGAUCGCUCAGGUUAAGCGAAACGAUAAUCCUAGAUCGACUGGAGAGUCUUUCGUAGAGGAUAUCGCUGUGGUUGCGCAACCCCAGCUAGAGGAAGUUAAGGGAAUAAUUCCCGAUAUUACAAACACGGCGAAAUAA